AUCUGGUAUCGACCUCGAUAUCAUAAAUUCACAUGUCUUCCUCUGAAAAUUAAUGGAAUCACGCGACGCAAGCCUAAAGCAACGCACACCCAACUGGCUUGACUGUUCUCCUAUUCCUUGAUCAAGAUGUUAGAUGUUAUGGGAUGGUUUCCUAGGGGUAAUAUAGUAAUCUUACAGAACCCAUUGGACUGGAAGACUUCAUAAACACACAGAAAGACACACCCAGGUUCUGGAUUCUUUUGUGAAGAGUAAGAAGGAUCAAAGAUAAAUUGGAAUCUCAUGGUAUCAAUUGUGAUUCUGGCUCUAGUCUUCUUGUGGACAUCCAUUGGAUUGGAAGACUCCAUAAACACACAGAAAGAUAGACCUAGAUUCUGGAUUCUUUUGUGAAGAGUACAAAGAAGGAUCAAAGAUAUCAGAAUGAACAUAGAAGCCAGAUUUUCUCAGCUUUGUUUCUCAGUGAUAAUAUCAUACCUUGAGUAUGGUUACACUGUCUGCUGUCCUACUGAUGGUCAUACAGAUGGAAGUGCAAAAUUCUGAGCAUGGACAAAUUAUUGAAAUAAGUGUAGAUGUUCCUGAUGCUGGAACUAAUAGUGGAAGCAAUAAGAUUUGUGGGAAAGCACCAUGUGGAUUCUCAGAUGCUGGAACAAAGUCUAAAGAUGUUAAAGAACGGUCAGCUUCCAUGCGCAAACUUCUAAUGGCAAUAACACUUUGUGUUAUCUUCAUGACUGCUGAAGUAGCUGGUGGCAUCAAAGCCAAUAGUCUGGCAAUCUUAACUGAUGCAGCACAUUUGCUCUCAGAUGUUGCAGCUUUUGCAAUCUCCUUGUUUUCUUUGUGGGCAUCUGGCUGGGAAGCUAAUCCACGUCAAACAUAUGGAUUUUUUAGGAUUGAGAUUCUCGGUGCUCUUGUUUCUAUCCAGCUUAUAUGGUUGCUUGCAGGGAUUCUAGUAUAUGAAGCCGUUGUGAGAUUCGUUAAUGACACAGCAGAGGUGAAUGGUUUCCUUAUGUUUAUCGUUGCUGCCUUUGGUCUGGUAGUGAAUAUUAUCAUGGCUCUUUUGUUGGGCCAUAAUCAUGGCCACGGCCAUGAGCAUUAUGAUCACAAUCAUGCCACCAGACAUGGUCAUGGAGUGAAGAUUACUAAUCCUCAUCAUCAUCAUCAUCAUCAUCAUCAUCAUCAUGAGCAUCACUCCCAAAUUGGGCAUGAUCAUAAGAAGGAACAUGCUAAACAUGAUGAACACCAUGACCAUGAGGAACAGCAUUCUAAAGAUGAGCAUCGCACCCAUGAAGAUCAUUCUCGGCCAUUGCUGGAUAAUCCAAAAGGUGAACAUGAGCAGAAGUCAGGAUGGAACAUAAAUGUACAGGGAGCUUAUCUCCAUGUACUUGGGGACUCCAUUCAAAGUAUUGGGGUGAUGAUUGGAGGGGCAAUCAUAUGGUAUAAUCCUGACUGGAAGAGAGUUGAUUUGAUCUGCACCUUAUUCUUUUCAGUUAUUGUUUUGGGUACAACAAUCAACAUGCUACGAAGCAUACUUGAAGUUCUGAUGGAGAGCACACCCAGAGAGAUUGAUGCAACAAAGCUUGAAAUGGGUCUUCUGGAAAUGGAUGAAGUGGUUGCUAUUCACGAGCUGCAUAUAUGGGCCAUAACAGUUGGGAAAAUCCUACUGGCAUGCCAUAUCAAAAUCAGACCGGAAGCAAAUGCAGACCUGGUUCUGGACAAAGUGGUAGAAUAUAUAAGAAUGGAGUAUAACAUCAGUCAUGUUACUAUACAGAUUGAGCGUUAGUGGCAACGGGAAAUCUUCAUCAAAGCUGAGCCCUUGUCAUUUGCCUGCACAUUAUCUUUAUAGGCAAAGCACUUCCUGUUUUACUGUGAUUAAGAUUGAUUUGUAGGUGGCAAAUAGUCGAUAACUGUUCUUAGUCUGAUUUCCAUACAGUAGUUUAUAUGAAAGAUUAUCCAAGAUUCAGUUUAGUAAGAAUUCCAUCUUUUGCUACA